CCCAUGUUGCAUCAUUCGCCUAGUCGUUUCUAGGCCUAUUUUUUGUCUCUGAUCUGUUUGAUUUAACCCUGAUCUUUCAGAAAUUAGCCCCUCCGUAUUUGAACUUCUGCACUCUUCUUCUACUCUUCCCUCCCGGCGCUAUGGACUCCCCCGCCAUCCCCGUCCCGCUUGAUCCGGAUGAACAACCUAUCCUCGAACGUCUUCUCCGCACUCGCGAUGCUCUUCUGCUCCUCAAACAAGACAAGUCUUCUUACAUCAAGUCCCGCGAUGUGCUUCCGCUAUACGAAGAAGUGAUUAAAGAGGUGGAGAAGCUCAAUGCCGUUCGGAAGGAACAUGACCGCCGGCUGAUACACAACCGACUGGACUAUGUGUUGGACGACUGCUUUCAGUUGAUCUCCUUGUUGUUUUUGACUGUUGGCAGAAACAAUGAAGCCCCUGCAGUGUACACCUUGGCGACCACUGCUCAGCGCCUACUCGACCAUCUCGAAGAGGCCGGUUUCUACAGCUCCAAGGACCUUAACUCAAUCACCAAGACCCUUGAAAAUAUGCAAGAGACUCUCGAACGUGGCCGACAGACUUAUUCUCCAGCUCUAUUGACACUUCUCGAGAACCGACUGACUCAAUGCCAGCUGUCGCUAGACAAGUUGCAGAAAGGCCUUUCCGUGCUGGCUUCCGAUCUUGUUCCCACCCACGAGACCCUCGUUUCAAUUUUGCGAUCGACAUCUGCGGUCAAUACUCGUUCCAAGUUCUCUGCAUCUGAGGUGAAUGGUCUUAGAAACAAGUUGAAGAAGAUUGAAGACACCACGAAGGACGGAAACUUUGUCGGUUCUGAUGGUUCUCCUCUUGCGGGCCAGGAAAGCCUGAAAUCUUUGAUGUACCGGUGCUGGCGGUGGACUGAGCUUGUCCUUGAGCGAGAAGGGAAGAUCGACGAGCGGUUCCGGGAACAGUAUGAACGACUGGUGGAAAUCCGUAACCAGCUAGACCGUCUGUCGGUGACACAAGCUUGGUCACUUCGCGAAACCGAUUUGUUUGGGUUCCAGCGCAAGCUUGAUCGUAUCGAUGAAGCAAGAGUCGAUGGAAAUUUUGUGGGCGUAGACGGACAGCCAGCAGAUCUCCACGCGCAGCGGACCCUGUUGUACUUGAUCCGGCGAAGCUAUGCCUAUAUUUAUGCUCUCCUUAUCUCAUCAGAGCCAGUUUCCGAGGCAUUGCUGCCGGUAUUCAACCAGUUACAGACCCUCCGUCGCUGCUUGAUCGAGGUUAAAGAAUCGGGAGGUGUCUCCAACUCUCGCGAGCUCUACCCAUAUAGCAUGAAGCUUAACUCGAUUGACAACAUGCGAGUUGAAGGCAAGUUUUACGUUGGCACCGACAUUCCCGAAGGGCAAGGAAGUGUCAACGCACUGCUAGCUGAAUGCUACGAUAUCGUGUGGGAGCUGCGGGCAGCCGUGGACGAAGAAGACAACAGGGGUAGCUCUUAGAUGGAUGCCCCUUUGAAGUUGCUGUGUCUUGAUACUGUGCUUUUUUAUGCCUUGUCUUCUUAUUUGUAUCCUUGUUUGAUGUAUUAAUGAUGGCUGGGAGGUUAUUUUCCUUCGGGGUACAGUUUUCCGUUUUGCUUUUUGAGGUUGCUCUUAUGACGGUUAUGCUGGGGCAACGUUUGUUUCUCCAUAUAUUACUGUUGGAUUUUCAUGACGGGCGUUCUCUAGGGCACAUUAUGACUUUCAUAUCUGGCUUGACAGAAGAAGGCCUGACUAUGAUGGCCAUAAUAAUACAUACAAUUGAUGACCUACUACGUACUCCAGCUCUCAUCC